UCCCGUCUCUAAUUCCAUCCUCGCAGUCCAACUUGAGCGGAGGCAAAUACUUAAAUGGGACCGCAAUCAUCCAACCAGCGUGAAUUGUAACACUCGUUCUCAUGCUUCACCCUUUCAUUAUCCUGCCCCUUAUUGUGCUGUUCAUUUGCCAGGAAGUCAUUGCCAACACGGAAAUUAUCAACUUCCUUGCCGCCGAGGAACGCAAUGUCGACUUCUCAUCCACCACGGUUGACAGUUGGCCAAUUUUGAAUUACAAAAAUAACCAGGGACACUGGAACGUAGAUCCCGCUCUGCUCGACACGCCUUUGCAGCAGGUGUGCGAGUCAGAGACAGGCACUGAUUCGGAGAACCCCUUCUCAUGCCUUCAUGAACUCUGGAUAACGUUAGAUCUCGAUGAUGAAAACUGGAUGUCCUAUUCGAAGUUUACACUACGUCUAUCCUGGCCUGCUUCCUCCCCCGCGGAUUUUUUGCUAGAAAUCCACAGUCCUGAGGCGAUCUUAACCCGUUUGUCUAGACUACCGCACCAGUCAGCGAUAGAGGAUGCUUCGAUCACUGAGCCGCAUUUAUCGCGCACGGGAUUAUCCCCUACUCGCCUCAAGUACGCCAGGAUACGAGUCGUUGAUACUGGCGUACGCACACCCACACCUGAUUUCCAUGCAUCGGCUGUUCACGCGAUUCCAUUCAUUCUCAUUCUCGAACAACUCUACUUUGGCGUUCUACCGGCUUCUCUCCUUCCUACUGUGUGUUUCCUUAUCACUGUUCUGACCUGCGCGGCUCUAGCCACACCGUGGAUACUUAGUUAUCUCGAUCAUUUCAUAAAGCAGGCGAGACAGGAAUUGCGCGAUUUUAGCACAGCUCAAGAAAAGAAGGAACACUGAGAUGUGUUAGUCGUGCGGUAUACAUGCAUUCUUCUCGAUGCUGUGGCGUGUCAUCUCAACUGUGGGCGAUCCAACGUUUGUGAUACAACCAUUGUAAUUUUACGCUCGUC